UCAUCGGUCCGCGCGCAACGGGGGAGAGAGGGCGCCAAGAGGAGAGAGGGUGAGCGGUGGGAUGAAAUUGGCUCUUGCUGGGAACUGGAUUCCAACUCGCAGCGUCGACAUGAGCGGCUCCCGAGGCGAGCAGCCCCCUGCCCACGCACAGGACACCCCUGACCUCAAGGUGACCUCUCCCCUGCGCACUCGACCCAAACCUCCCUCCAGCUUCAUCGGGAAGCUCCAGGCAAGCCUGGUGCUCCCCCCCUCGGCGCUCUCCCCACCCUCCUGCAACCCCGCGGUGAAGCGGUGGUCGGCCCCCGCGGGCUCCACCACUCAACUCUCCCCACUCGCCCCCCUCUCCCCCUCCGCGUCCCUCUCCCCCUGCUCCCCCGUGCGCCGUUUCCACCUGGGGACACGGCCCCUCUCUCCUCGGCCGGGUCCCGAGGCCCCAGCGGGCCCCGAGGUCCCAACAGGCACAGAGAGUCUCGGGCCCGAGACGGCAGGUCGAGAGACACUGCCCAGUCUCAACAAGGGUCGCCCACGCCACUCCGGUAAGCGGCGUCUCCCCAGCCGCUCCUCGCUGAAGGCGGCGGCGACGUCGGUGGCAGUGGAAGUGGCGAUGAGAAGCAAUGGGGGCGAGAGCCGGGGUCAGGGGGACGAUGCAGAGAAGAAGGAGGAGCAGGAGGAGCAAGCGGAUGACGAGGAGAACGAGGAGGGGGAGCGGAGUAGCCCUGGUCUCCGCGAGGGUGCGGAGCAGACGAGCGAAGAAACUGCAACUGGGGUUGAGUGCGACGGCGGUGCAGGAGGUGAAGGAGGUGGGGAUGAGGAAGAAAAAGUGGGAGAGGAAGCAGGAGACACAGGGAAAAUGGGGCCUGGGGUGGCAACCUCUGGGAAUGAAGAGGUGGAAGAGGAGGAGGAAGACGAGGUGUUUGUGUUGGAAGAGUGAGAUGCAGGUUCAUUGCUUUUGUGAACACUUUGUCAGUUCAUGGGUGUCUAUGCAACUCUGUGUCGCAUUGUGCAUUUGUGGGACUCCACAUAAGCGUAUGGGUCUCCACGUGGGUCUAUGGGUUUCUGUAUAAGUCUAUUGGUCUCUAUAUAAGUCUAUGGGUCUCUGUGUGAGUCUAUGGGUCUCUGUGUGAGUCUAUGGGUCUCUAUGUAAGUCUAUGGGUCUCUAUAUAAGUCUAUGGGUCUCUGUGUGAGUCUAUGGGUCUCUAUGUAAGUCUAUGGGUCUCUGUAUAAGUCUAUGGGUCUCUGUGUGAGUCUAUGGGUCUCUGUGUGAGUCUAUUGGUCUCUGUAUAAGUUUAUGGGUCUCUGUAUAAGUCUAUGGGUCUUUGUAUAAGUCUAUGGGUCUCUGUGUGAGUCUAUGGGUCUUUAUGUAAGUCUAUGGGUCUCUGUAUAAGUCUAUGGGUCUUUGUAUAAGUCUAUGGGUCUCUGUGUGAGUCUAUGGGUCUCUGUGUGAGUCUAUGGGUCUCUAUGUAAGUCUAUGGGUCUCUGUAUAAGUCUAUGGGUCUCUGUGUGAGUCUAUGGGUCUCUAUGUAAGUCUAUGGGUCUCUGUAUAAGUCUAUGGGUCUCUGUGUGAGUCUAUGGGUCUCUAUGUAAGUCUAUGGGUCUCUGUAUAAGUCUAUGGGUCUCUGUGUGAGUCUAUGGGUCUCUGUGUGAGUCUAUGGGUCUCUGUGUGAGUCUAUGGGUCUCUGUGUGAGUCUAUGGGUCUCUGUGUGAGUCUAUGGGUCUCUGUAUAAGUCUAUGGGUCUCUGUGUGAGUCUAUGGGUCUCUAUGUAAGUCUAUGGGUCUCUGUAUAAGUCUAUGGGUCUCUGUGUG